AUGCGGCUUCUGCACCGAUUCGAGCGUGGCUCCAGGUGCUGGAUGUGGAUCAAACCCAAAUUGUGCGAGCUGGGUUCGAAAUGGAUUUUGCAACAAUUCACACUACUCGCACGCAUACAAACUGCAGUACUGCGGACAUGCCUGUGGACUCUGCUGAGAGUAGAACGCAAUCUAUCGAGAAUCCCAUUUGGCUUUCCGUCAGCUACUCUCCUACCAUGUUAUGAGCUACGUUCAGAUGAGAAGAGGAUCCCUUCAAUUUCUUUUGUUUUCCUAAAUAGGACUGCUCUUGGUCCUUGGAAUAUGUGUUUGUAA